CGGUGCAUGCCGGGCCUCGGCAAUAUGGCGUCCUCCUUGAUGUGCUGAUGAGAGGAGUUUCACAGUAGCUCCAAACCAGAGAGCAGAACUCCCCUAACCUAAUAAGCCCACUCUACCCGUUUUCUCCGCGGGUCCGUUUCGCCCGUUUCUCAGAACUCGUUCUCAGGCAGGGGAAAGCCACGGGGCCAAAGGUUAGGACCAGCCAGGCCGCGCGGACCCGGGGCUGAGGAACCGGCUGCGGGCGAGCACGAUGGGCCCGUCCUGGCUCUGGUUGCUGCAGCUCAGGCGAGUGCGGGACCCGCAGGGCGGCUGAGUGGCUGACGAGACCCGAGGCGAUCUGAACAACCCCCUUCCCUCCCGGGACCUCAGCCUCGUCUGAGCAGUGUGCGAAGUGGCAGCCGGAGCCGGGCGGCCUGCCCCGCGCUGGGAUCUGCUGGGGCGUUGGAGGCCGCGAACAGGGUCAUCGCGAGGCCCGAGGCCCUCCCGCCUGUGACAGCUCGGCCUGCAGCCCCUCCGGGAACCGGCAGCCCCCGGAGCAGCCAGGGACGUGGGAUCUGGGGGUGUACGUGUGCCUGUGCGGAGCUCCUUGGUCUACCCGAGUCCCUCCGCCUCUCCCACCCUGCACCCCAGACUUCCCGCGCCGAGUUAGAGAUAAGGAUCGCAGACUUUUUUUUUUUUUCCUCCCCUGAAUAAGGACCCCCGCACACUCUCCAUCCAUUUAUUUUCGGACUCCCCGGUCCCCCUCCUUUUUCCACACCCUGUAUCUUAUUUCCCCAGUCCUGGUACACACUAGUUUUUAAGGCUGGAGGUGCUCGAGCGCUUGCUGCCGAGGACUCCUCCUCCCCCUCCUCCCCUGAUGGAGUCCGAGAUGCUGCAGUCGCCUCUUCUGGGACUCGGGGAGGAAGAUGAAGCCGACCUUACGGACUGGAACCUGCCUUUGGCUUUUAUGAAAAAGAGGCACUGUGAGAAAAUUGAAGGGUCCAAGUCCUUAGCUCAGAGCUGGAGGAUGAAGGAUCGGAUGAAGACAGUCAGUGUGGCCUUGGUUCUGUGCCUGAAUGUUGGCGUGGACCCUCCAGAUGUGGUGAAGACCACGCCCUGUGCGCGCUUGGAAUGCUGGAUUGAUCCUCUGUCAAUGGGCCCUCAGAAAGCUCUGGAGACCAUCGGUGCAAACUUACAGAAGCAGUACGAGAACUGGCAGCCGAGGGCCCGGUACAAGCAGAGCCUUGACCCCACCGUGGAUGAAGUCAAGAAGCUCUGCACAUCGCUGCGCCGGAACGCCAAGGAGGAGCGGGUCCUCUUCCACUACAAUGGCCAUGGGGUGCCCAGGCCUACCGUGAAUGGCGAGGUCUGGGUCUUCAACAAGAACUACACUCAGUAUAUUCCUCUGUCCAUAUAUGAUCUGCAGACCUGGAUGGGCAGCCCAUCCAUCUUCGUCUAUGACUGCUCCAACGCUGGCCUGAUUGUCAAGUCCUUCAAGCAAUUUGCCCUGCAGAGGGAGCAGGAGCUGGAGGUGGCUGCAAUUAACCCAAACCACCCGCUUGCCCAGAUGCCCUUGCCCCCAUCAAUGAAGAACUGCAUCCAGCUGGCAGCCUGUGAGGCCAACGAGCUGCUGCCCAUGAUCCCCGACCUCCCGGCUGACCUGUUCACGUCCUGUCUCACCACUCCCAUCAAGAUUGCCCUGCGCUGGUUUUGCAUGCAGAAGUGUGUUAGUCUGGUGCCUGGAGUCACACUGGAUUUGAUAGAAAAGAUUCCUGGCCGGCUGAAUGACAGGAGGACUCCCUUGGGCGAGCUGAACUGGAUCUUCACAGCCAUCACAGACACUAUUGCAUGGAAUGUGCUUCCCCGGGAUCUCUUCCAAAAGCUCUUCAGACAGGACCUGCUGGUGGCAAGUUUGUUUCGAAAUUUUUUAUUGGCAGAAAGGAUCAUGAGGUCAUAUAACUGUACCCCUGUGAGCAGCCCCCGCCUCCCGCCAACUUACAUGCAUGCCAUGUGGCAAGCCUGGGACCUUGCUGUAGACAUUUGCCUCUCCCAGCUACCCACAAUCAUCGAGGAAGGCACUGCAUUCAGGCACAGCCCGUUCUUUGCUGAGCAGCUGACUGCGUUCCAGGUGUGGCUCACGAUGGGCGUGGAGAACAGAAGCCCUCCUGAGCAGCUGCCCAUCGUUUUACAGGUGCUGCUAAGCCAAGUGCACCGGCUGAGAGCCUUGGACUUACUGGGAAGAUUUUUGGACUUGGGUCCCUGGGCAGUGAGCCUGGCCCUGUCGGUGGGCAUCUUCCCCUAUGUGCUGAAGCUGCUCCAGAGUUCAGCCCGAGAGCUGCGGCCACUCCUUGUCUUCAUCUGGGCCAAGAUCCUCGCUGUAGACAGUUCGUGCCAAGCUGACCUCGUGAAGGACAACGGUCACAAGUACUUCCUCUCCGUCCUGGCAGACCCUUAUAUGCCGGCCGAACAUAGGACCAUGACAGCUUUCAUUCUCGCUGUGAUCGUCAAUAGCUACACAACAGGGCAGGAAGCCUGCCUACAGGGAAACCUGAUCGCCAUCUGCCUGGAGCAGCUCAGCGACCCACACCCCCUGCUGCGCCAGUGGGUGGCCAUCUGCCUGGGGAGGAUCUGGCAGAACUUUGACUCAGCAAGGUGGUGUGGGGUACGGGACAGUGCCCACGAGAAGCUCUGCAGCCUCCUUUCUGACCCCAUCCCCGAGGUUCGUUGUGCAGCUGUCUUUGCCCUGGGCACAUUUGUGGGCAACUCUGCUGAGAGGACAGACCACUCUACCACCAUUGACCACAAUGUGGCCAUGAUGCUGGCCCAGCUGAUCAACGAUGGGAGCCCCAUGGUUCGGAAG